GUUCAACUGAACAAGAACAACAAAUACUGUACUGAGCUCUUAACGUGUUAUUUAAGCAGUUAACAUGAAGAGCUAACGACUUGUAGACGGUUCAUUAUGAGAUAAAUUCAUUGGAAAUGGAUCGACGCUAGCCUAACUUUUGCUAAGCUGCUAGCAACUUAGCUAAAGGUUUUGGAGACGUGUUUUCUGAUUUAUCUGCUCAUUUAGCUUUCUUUCCGUUGUUUCGUUAGUCAGCAGACUUUAUGUUUAACUGUUCGACUGACCGUAUAAACACCUGUAUGCUGCCGGUAUGGGAGACAAGGAGCUUAGUCUUAUUGACAAGAAGAUAACAAGUUUGCUCGAUAUUCCCCUGACUCCCACUGUAACGGCUCUUAAUCUGCACUGCAAUCACAUCCCGAGGAUCGAGGGCCUGACCUCAGCUUGGCACCUGCGGCACUUAGACCUUUCCUCCAAUUGCAUUUCCAAGAUUGAGGGUCUAAGUUCCCUCACUUCCCUGAGGACUUUAAAUUUAUCCUGCAACUUAAUCACCAAGGUUGAAGGACUGAAUGGCCUUGUGAAUUUAACAAGAUUAAACUUGUCCUACAAUCAGAUAAAUAGCCUCACUGGCUUGUUGUAUCUUCAUGGCUCGGAGUACAAGCUGAAGCACCUCAGUCUCCAUAGCAACCACCUGGACAGCAUUGAUCACCUUCUGCAGUGCCUGCUGGGAUUACAAGGUUUAAGAGAGGUCACUUUAAGCCAGGAUGGCAGAGAUAAUCCUCUCUGUAUGUCACCAGGUUACAGGGAGAUUGUCAUGCAGUCGCUGCCACAGAUCACAGUUCUGGAUGGCCUGGACCAGCUGGGAAAUCCAUCACCACCAGGUCUAGGCAGUCCCUGUGAUAUCCCUGGUUUGGAAGACUACGUAGACCUCCUGCUGUCCUCAGACACAAGUCACAGUGAAGUGGUUAGAGGGGAUGGCCCUCUCAGCACGCCUCGCAUAGAUCAGCUGCUGACCCAGUUUCGUCACCGGGUUGCCUCUGAAACAAUCCCAGACGCAGUCAAGCAACCGGAUCGGCAGUGUUUCCAGCUGGUUCGUUCCACUGUGGUUGAUCCAGCAGACCCUGUCAAUGAACAGCGCAUCAGGAAACUGGAGCACCAGGUGUCCCAGCUCAUCCAGCAGGCACCUGCAGGUGAUAAAUCCAGCAGCCCUGCUCGCCCUGUGGUGAUGGUACGGAAAGCCAAGAGGGACACAGACCGUACUUCAGAAAGCGAAUGUGAGAGCGGGAAGGAAAACAGGAGGCGAACAAGGAUUCCCAAACGCUGCAACAGCAUAGCAUCAAGCACAACCACCAAGGAGACCAAGGGCAGGAGAUCAGACAGUGAUCAGGAGAAUCAUAAACAGAGGACUUCAAAGUCUGCUGUGGGGCCCAGGAGGAAGGCUGGCGGCGCAGCGGGUGUAGAGGCAGCAGGGCCAACAAGGAGGCGACCUCUGAGAGCAGCCAAGGCCUCAGGCGAUGUGAAAACCAAGUCCACUGAGGAGGAGGAAACCUACAGGACAAUUGUAGAGGAGCGUGACCAGGAAAGGGAGAGACGCUGGAAGGCAGAACAAGCUGUGAGAAAGUUGACAGAGGAGAUAAAGUCCAUGCAGACAAAGGUUAGCGAAGAAAAAGACCUUCAGAGCAUGGCCCUGCACACCACUGACAGACUGAAAGAUAUGUUGCUGAAAGAGCGAUCGGGGCGCUCUGAGCUGCAGGCUCAUGUUGAGGAGCUGGAGGGGAGUUGUCAGUCCCUAAACCAGCAGCUGGAGCAGGCCCACAGCAGUGAAGAACAACACAAGACUGCGCUGCGUAGACUGGAGGAAAGUAUCUCCCACGGAGAGACACUCAGGGCUUGCCAGCAGGCUGAGGAGAUGAAGCGGUACCAGGAGCUGGAGAACAGGGCAGCAGCUCUGAAGAGGGAGUUGGAUAUCCAGAGAGCCUCAGUGCGGCAGCACAAAGACAAACUGCAGCAGCUGCAUGAACUGCUGGCAUCCAGGGAACAAGCGCACAGAAAACAGCUGGAGUUGCGGUUACAACCUGGUGGGGCAGAUUUCCGUGAGGCAGUGGCAAAAGAACUAUCAUCAGUGGAACAGAGACACAGUCACAGAGAGGCUGAACUGCAAGAGAAACUGGCAGAAGGGAGGAAACAGUACGCUGCUCUGGAGGACGAGUUCCGCAUGGCUCUAACCAUCGAGGCCACUCGCUUCUCCGAGGUGAAGGAGGCGUGUGAUCAGAUGACUGCGGAGCUGAUGGAGCUCAAGGCGGCUCUUGCCCAGUCCCAGCAGAGGGAGAAGAAAUCUGGCUCUCUGGUGCAAGAGCUCACAGCCAUGGUUAAAGAACAGAAGAACCGCAUCUCUGAGCUCAUCAAAGCAAAGAGAGAUGCUGUUGCUGAUUUGAAGAGACGUAUGCAUUCCUUGGAAGCAGAGGUGGAGCAGGACCGGCGUCUCAGUCUGCAGCUCGAACUGCUCAAAAAAGACAAGGCCCGACUGCUGUCUCAGCUCACAGCUCAGGAGUCGGUGAUAGACGGCCUCAGGGCAGAGAGGAGGAUCUGGGGACAGGAGCUCGCUCAGCAGGGAGCAUCGUUGGCUCAGGAUCGUGGACGUCUGGAGGCCAGGAUAGAGGUGCUAAGCAGCGAGCUGGAAAAUCAGAAGAAACAGAAUGAAAGGGACAAUGAUGGCCUUAAAAUUAAAACUAAAAUCAUGGAUGACCAGACAGAGACCAUUCGCAGACUCAAAGAGUCCUUACAAGAGCGAGACGAUCAGAUCCGUAAGCUGAGGGAGGAGGUGGUCCAGACGCAAAAGAGAUUUCAGCAGCAGCUGGAGGAGGAAACGGGCCAGCAGGCGGAGCUGAAGCAGCAACUGGAACAUCUUAGCCUGCGCAAGGAGGAACUGAAACAGCAGCUGAAAGACAAGGAGGCAGAGCUCGACGAGGUCAGAAGAGUUUACAGUGAUUCCAGUAAGAAGUGGCAGGAGAAGGCGGACCUGCUCACUCGACUGGAGAGCCAGGUGAAGCGUAUGAAAGACAACUUUGAGUCCAAGGAGCGUGUGCUGCUGGAAGAAAGAGAUAAAGCAACAGAAGCACACAAAACUGCAGUGGAGAAGUUACACUGUGUGGACGAUGCUUUUCGUCGACAGCUGGAGUCUGUUCAGGCCACGCAUCAAGCUGAGCUGCUACGUCUGGCUAAUGAAAAACAAAAAAAGAUAGAACAAGCCAAUCAGAAGGUAUUCGAGGUGGAGGAGGAGAUGCGUCAGCUCUUGGAAGAGACUGAAACUAAGAAGAGAAUCAUGGAAGAGAAGAUGAAACGUCUCACCAGUGUACUAAAAGACUUUUAACAUGAAAUGUAGAGUAACCGUGGACAGUUGUCAUUUAAAAACUACAACUGUCCAGGGUUAAUCCAUAUUUAUAAUCCAUACAUUUUUUUAAUACCACAUUUUUUGUAUAUUUUAAUUUUAGUUAUUGUUAUUGUUUAGUAUAGUGUAAUUUAUCUAAAUAAACUCUGUUGUGCCUAUUGUUGUUUUCUGUUUUAACAUAAGAUGGGAAUUGAUUUGAGUGGGCAUUUGGUAUAAAAUGUUUGUGGUUCUUUUAUUUAUAAAGAAGUUCAAUUGUA